AUGGCAAACGACGGCGCAAGAGUCUCCACCGAGCAAGAGAAUCCGGCGGUUCCUUCUCCUCCACGUGAAAUUCUCAUCGGCAGCUUAAUGAUCUCCCUCCCACAAGAGAAUCCGGCGUUUCCUCCUCCUCCUCCUCCACGUCAAAUCCCCAUCGUCGGCGCAAGAGUCUCCCUCGAACAAGUGAAUCCCGUGGUUCCUCCUCCCCGACCCACCGCACCAGGAGAGAUUCAAUCUUUAACCGGCUCAUUUCGCUCCGCCGUCACCUUAAAUCCUCCUCCGCGAUUCAACGCACCAAGAAAUCUUGCUCAAGAGAUACGAUCUUUAACCGACUCAUUACGCUCCUUAGCCCCUUUAACACGUCAACAAAUUGACGCGUGUUUGGAUUCUCUGUUCAACCUAAUGACCAGCAGCGAAGAAGAAGCUGCUUUAAGAGAUAUGAUCUCAAGGCUACACGGAAGCGAUCUUGCAAAGCUCGCCUGGAUGCUGACGUUAUAUUCCGAUAUCUACUUCAUGCAGAUCGCAGCGAACAAGAACGGCAGCAAACGCCUGAACAAGCUCUUCGGAAGAUCCGACGACGCCGACAACUUCUUCCUCGCCUCCAUCUCGCGCCGCUUCGUCGACGUCAUGACCGAUAAGGACGCGUUCGCCGUCGUGAUCGGAGGGCUACGAGGUUUCAGCCAGGAGAAGAAAAUGGCAAUGUGGAUACGCAUUCACCAACACGCGGUUGACGUGGCGCGUGACCCGCAAGGAAACGGCUGCAUCGCGAUCAACUUCCUCAUAGACGACGCCGGCGAGUGUUAUUGCAGAAACCAACUCAUUGCCAUAAUCGUGCUCAACGCUCUCUCGCUAAGCUUCGAUGCUUAUGGGAACUUUGUGGUCCAGCACGUGCUUAAUCUGAACAACUCGUCUUUCACGUGUGACAUUGCGGUCAGACUCCGUGGCCAUUUCGUCGAGCUGUCGUUUCAGAAGCAGGGGAGCUUCAUCGUGGAGAAGCUUUUGAAGACGGAGGCGUCGAGGGUUAUGGUGGUGGAAGAGCUUCUGGGGUGCGAAGGAGACGGGUUGUUGAGGCUGGCGAGGAGUCAAUUUGGGAAUUUCGUGGUGAGCAAGGCACUGAGAGUCACGCAGGAGGAGGUUAUGGUUAGGGCUGAUCUGUUUUGGGGUUUGGUGCAUAAGCUCACGCCUUUUCUCAAUUUCUUGCGUGGGUUUCAAGAAAGCAGGAACAUUGCACGUUUCUUGGACUCGAUUCGUUAG